AAGACAAUAAGAAAAAUCCUGCUCUCUUCUUCUUCCACUUUUAAUUUCUUCAAUAUUUUAUGCAUAAAGUUUCAUCUUUUUUGAAUUUCUUUUUUCUCAUUCCCCUUUUUUAAAUCCUGGGGGACACAUUUCUAAUCUUCAAAUCUGUCUUCCUCUGGCCAUUAUAGUCUCCCCCUCUCUUUUUCUCUGGUGUGAUUAUAUAUAUUACCAGUCUCUCAUUGUUGUCAAGCAAGAGACAAGAAUAGAGCAGAUAAAUUCCUUUGAAACUCUCUUUCUCAACUCAACAAACAUGGGGAGAGCUCCUUGCUGUGACAAAGCUAACGUGAAGAAAGGACCAUGGUCGCCGGAGGAAGACGCCACUCUCAAGGCUUAUAUUGAGGCCAACGGCACUGGUGGCAACUGGAUUGCCUUGCCUAAGAAGAUAGGGCUUAAGAGGUGUGGCAAGAGUUGUCGUCUUAGAUGGUUGAAUUAUCUUCGACCCAACAUCAGACAUGGAGGAUUUUCAGAAGAAGAAGAUAAUAUCAUUUGUAGCCUUUACAUAAGCAUUGGAAGCAGAUGGUCUAUAAUUGCAGCACAACUGCCUGGGAGAACCGACAAUGAUAUCAAGAACUACUGGAACACAAAGCUUAAAAAGAAGCUCCUGGGAAAACAGAGAAAAGAUCAGCAAGCUCGGAGAGCCACCUGCCUUACCUUUACGCAUGAAAUGAAGAGAGAAAGUGAGAAUUAUCAAGUUCCUGGAAUGGUGAACCAAGCAUCACACUGGCCACUGCUGCCACCACCACCAGUCAUGCCCCUACCAACCACACACCAAGAUCCCCAAGAUUCCAUCAGGAAUUUUCUUGUCAAACUAGGAGGAAGAUUCUCCGAUGAUCAUCCACAAUCCACCUACAACCCCAUGAAUUUUCGAUACGAUCCCAUUGUUCCCUUUGCUCGAGAGCAGCCAUAUGAGAAUUCCAUGAACAUACUUCCAUCGGCUUCUUCCCUCAGUCCCUUAAACAGUACUUGUACUCAAGUAACAGAUGGUACUACCCAGUUUACUGUUAACGAUGUUGAUGGUCCUAGUGAUAUGUUUCAAGGCCUUGAUGGUUUGCAAGCGGAACUAAGUGAGCUGAUCUACAGCAACGAUCAGCAGAUAUUGGAUGUGUUUGAGGGCUUUUACGGAACAGACAACCUGGUCGAUGGCAGCAGUAUUGGGACAAGUUCGGUCGAAAGUAGCAGCUGGGGAGACAUAAAUUCACUGCCCUAUCCUCAAACUGUCUCUGGAUUUGAAGCUUCCCAACAACAAAGUAUCCCACAAGUUUCUAUCUACGAAGAACCAAACUACUUCGGGCCACAAUAACUGCGCUGUAUGCAUGGGUGGUGUAAAUUUGAAUCAACUAGGGGAUUAGUUUGGUUUCCAUCAGAGAAAAAAAAACUCCUAAUGAAUUCAUGCAGAAAUAUAUUGUUUUGUUUUUGUAAUUCAACUUUUUAUUUUAUUUUAUAAUUUUUCCAUUUGCUUUC